AUGAAACGAGAACACGCAUCCGUGUAUACGAUUGCAACAAGUGGUGAUAUAGUUUUUGCAAUUAUAUUACAAAAUUUAUUUACGACAAAAAAAUCAAAUUUCUUUGCACUCUUAGGCUCGGCUUUGGUUAUUAGUAGUGUCAUACUAAUUGGCGGACAUAAACUCUUUCAAGAUAAAUGCCAGAAGAAAAAAUUAAAGGCCACUGCAAAUGAUAUAGAUGAAGAUUCGACAUUAUCCGUCUAG